AUGUCUUCAGACCUCAUAGCGCAGCUUCAUGCGGUCGCCACGAAACUGGAGACUCUGGCAGGGAGGCUUCAGGAGCUUGUCAAAAAGGGAAAGAACAAAACGUCACACUACAAGGACAUCAUUUUGGAGGUGGACAAGGUCUCCAAGACAUGCAAAGAGCGUAUCGAGUUGGGGAAAGCCCUUGUGAGAGCCAGUGAGAAGGCAUCUGGUUCCAAGGGGUCUGCAAAGGGCAAGGCGGCGCCAAAGGCUAAGCCUAAAGACCCUUGA